AUGGCGCAACUACGACUCCGGGCGAUGCCCUCGACGACGACCCUGCGGAGCUAUGCCUUUGGUAGGCUGUUGGCGGUUCACAUCCCACGAGGGCUCGCUCCGCAUGCUAUGAGACGAUGCUAUUCAACAGACAUUGAACCCGAAAAGCCUAAGCCUCCAAGGCAAGGGAAUGAGAUGAAGCUGGGGAGGUCGUUCCAGGGCCAGGUAAUGGGAAGCAUUGGAGCACGAUUGAGACGCGAGCGAGAGCAGAGAGAGCAGUAUGAACGAUGGAGAAACAUGAAAGACCCCUCAAGGAACUGGAUGAUUACCUUCUUGUUCCUUUCUAGUAUAGGUAUCGCAUAUUACAUGGGCACAUUCUGGCCUCGCGAAGCCGAACCCACCUCGACCCUCCCGCUUUCCAAGGUCCAAGACCCCAGGCAUAAUACGAAGCUCGAAAACAUGCAGGCCGCCUGGGCAGACUUUGUCAAGAUUGUUGGCAAGGAGCAUGUCAGUACUCUCGAGACGGACAUCGAGCACCACGCCUCCUCCGCAUGGUCUACCCACCAACCAAAGCCGGACGAGAAACCCUUUUGUGUGGUGUAUCCUAGCAGCACCGAGGAGGUUUCAGAGAUAAUGAAGGUCUGCCACCAGCGACGCAUUCCCGUUGUCGGCUACAGCGGCGGCACGAGCUUGGAGGGCCACUACACGCAGACAAGAAGGGGCAUCUCCAUCAACUUUGGCAGAAUGAACAAGGUCCUUGCACUCCAUAGGGAUGACUUGGAUGUGGUUGUUCAACCAGCCGUUGGAUGGGAGUCAUUGAAUGACGAUCUCGCCAAGGAUAACCUUUUCUUUCCGCCUGAUCCGGGCCCAGGCGCCAUGAUUGGCGGCAUGGUUGGCACUGGAUGCAGCGGUACAAAUGCUUACAGAUACGGCACGAUGCGCGAGUGGGUGCUCAGUCUAACUGUCGUCAUGGCCGAUGGCACCAUUAUCAAGACUAGACAACGGCCGCGAAAAAGCUCCGCGGGCUACGACCUUACCAAGUUAUUCAUCGGAUCUGAGGGCACUCUUGGUCUUAUCACCGAAGCUACGCUCAAGGUCGCCGUGAAGCCGGCGUCUACCAACGUGGCUGUCUGCACUUUCCCAUCCAUCCACGACGCUGCUACCUGUGUCAGCAAGGUUGUUGGUGCGGGUGUUCCGAUCGCUGCUGUUGAGAUCCUAGACGACAACCAGAUGAAGUUUAUCAACUCUGCCGGUAUGACGUCGCGUUCGUGGACCGAGGCUCCCACGCUGUUCUUCAAAUUUUCAGGCACCCCAGCUGGCGUGAAGGAGCAAAUUUCUCAAGUUCAGAGCUUGGCUAGACAGGCUGGCAGCAAGACAUUUGAGUUUGCCAGAAGCCAAGAGGAGCAGGAUGAGCUGUGGAGUGCCCGAAAGGAAGCCCUCUGGAGCACCAUGUCUGUGAUGAAAGAAGGUGACAGAGUCUGGACUGGGGAUGUUGCCGUGCCUAUGAGCCGGCUGCCGCAGCUGAUUGAGGAGACAAAGGAGAAUAUCCGUAAGAGUGGUCUGACGGCCUCGAUUGUCGGACACGUCGGCGAUGGAAACUUCCACACAAUCCUGACGUACAGCGAGCCUCAGCGAAGCAAGGCCGAGGCGGUUGUCCACAAGAUGGUCAAGCGUGCCAUUGAGAUGGAAGGAACUGUGACUAUCAAGAAGGCGUUUGACCCCCUGUGCUUGCUGAACUGCGACAAGAUUGUUCGCAUGCAGAGGCCCAAAAAGGGAGAGGUUGAGGAGUGGUGA